ACAACACACUAAGUUAUCUCCCUUCGUGGGCGGAGUUAACACCGCACUACUUUUAAGAAUACUCUUUGGCUGAUUAAUUCAUUUGGAAUACAACGUUACCGUUGUUAUCGUAUGCGGAAAAGACGGCGUUUUUAUCGCAGCGCACUAGAUAUAAGCAGGUCACAUGGAAGAAGUUGUAGAAAAUAUGUCAGAUGCAGGCAACUAUUCCGCAAAAAGAGGUGAUUUCACAGUACCACAAGAACCACAAGGCCAAGAUAAAGUGGAACAAGGAGAAAAAGGAGAAGACGCUGAAAAAAACAUACAUAACAUUCCCACAAUGAGAGUAAAUGAUGAGGUCAAAGAAAAACAUAUUACACCAAUACCAAUGCCUGAUGAUAUUGAUAAAAAUUUGCAAGUAAAAAGAGAACGAUGGUGCUGCUGGGAUUCCUAUGUGUGUCCUUGGGAAAAGUUUACAAGACCAGGAGUACUUAAUCUUCUUAAAUGGAAUAUUUGUGAAAAGACUCAUCCCAUUCCGGGCAAAGAGGACCUUGAUAGGGUACUUCCUGUCAAGUCAAAUAUGGAUAAAAUCAAACAUCCCCCUGCAGACAAAAUACAGGUCACAUGGAUUGGCCAUGCCACAAUGCUUGUUCAGAUGGAGGACAUGACAAUUCUUACUGACCCCGUUCUGGACUCAUUUUGCGGACCGAUCUGGCCCUUUGGCUACAAGAGACACAGAAACGCUUCCUGCCAGGUUAAGGACAUUGAAAAGCUUGAUGCUGUCAUCAUCAGCCACAACCACUAUGACCAUCUGGAGGCCAAGGCAGUGAGAGAAAUUAAUGCAAAAUUUAAGGAUGUGCAUUGGUUUGUUGCUGGCGGAACCAAGGCAUGGUUCCUAGCUAUGGACGUUGAGGCUAAAAAUUUGACUGAACUAGACUGGUGGCAUGGAGUGGAAUUCAAUGGGGUGAAAUUCAUUUGUACGCCAAGUCAGCACUGGUGCCAGAGGUGUAUAUUCGACUUAAAUACGUGCCUCUGGUGUAGUUGGGUGGUGAAAAGCUCAAAGCAUUCCUUCUACUUUGCUGGUGACACUGGAUACUAUGAAAAUCUUUUUAAAAAGAUUGGUGAGAAGUACGGACCAUUUGACCUGGCUGGAAUACCCAUCGGGGCUUACACACCAAGAUACAUAACAAAGUACCAGCAUGUUGAUCCAGUAGAGGCUGUUAAGAUACACGAGGAUGUUCAAAGUAAUAUGUCCGUUGGGAUUCACUGGGGAGCUUUUGCAUUGACCAAUGAGCCAUUUCUGGAACCCCCACGGUUAGUAAAGGAAGCAAUGGAAAGAAAUGGAAAGGACUGCAGCAAAUUCAUUUCAGUAGAUAUUGGAGAAACAUGGGUCGUUGGCGAUCAGCGGGAAGAAUCAAAGUUUAUGAAGUGUGAGGCUGAUAAAGAAGAAAAUGCAUGUAACAAGAGCAUUGGAUCUUGGAAUGGUGAAUAUCAAGAGCAACUCCCUUUUGCAGAAUUUACCCAUCGUCUUUCAAUGUAUUUUCCUUAUUGACUGAAUGUUGCGCAACGAGAUACCAUAUGAGGGCUUGAACUGAAGACACUGCCAGAUACAGGAAAAAAAAGACUAAGCCAUUUUAAAGGAGACAUUUAAAUAAUGCUAUGCAAACCAGUGCAGGAUAUGCUAUUUGUAAUUUUUCAUGAUUUAUCUUUCCAAUUUUCCUGCAUUGCACUUUUCCCCCAUUUUGAAAUAAUUGUACCUGCAGUAUACUUAUCCUGCAUAUUAUGUUUAUGUGUUAUGUUCCGUUUUGAAGAAUUUAUUUUAAAAUAAUGUAAAAAAGAAUGCAAUUUUACCUUGUAAAUUGGUAAAUGUAUACAUUUUUAUGCUCCCCGAAAUGAAAUUUCGGCGGAGCAUAUAGUCGCCAGUUUGUCCUUCCUUACUUACUUCCUUCCGUUACACUUUUGCUACCGUUUCUCAUAGAGCCUUCAAUACUUUACCAAUUGCUUUCAUAUUUGGCAUGUAGGUACCUUGCAUGAUCCUCUACCUUUUGAUGAGGUUUGAGGUCACUCGGGUCAAGGUCAAGGUCACCAAGGCUAAUAAUAGACUUCUGUCACACUUUUGCUACCGUUUCUCAUAGCACCUUCAAUACUGUAUCACUCGCUUUCAUAUUUGGCAUGUAGGUACCUUGCAUGGACCUCUACCUUUUGAUGAGGUUUGAGGUCACUGGGGUCAAGGUCACCGUGGCUAAUAAUAGACUUCCUUCUGUCACACUUUUGCUACCGUUUCUCAUAGCGCAUUCAAAACUUUACCAAUCGCUUUCAUAUUUGGCAUGUAGGUACCUUGCAUGGACCUCUACCUUUUGAUGAGGUUUGAGGUCACUGGGGUCAAGGUCACCGAGGCUAAUAAUAGAUUUUUUUAGGUGUUUAUUAACACAUACAUUGACAAAGCUCGUCAUCGGGGAGCUUCCAUCAGUUUCACCAGGUAUGUGUACAUACCUGGUUUCACUGAUAUUCUUGUUCUAACUAUAGUUUCAUGAAUUUGUGUAGAUUUUAAAUUGCCUUUGUUAAAGGUCUGUGUAAUGUCCUGCCUCCCCCGCCCCACACACACACAACAAGCAUAUACUGAGGGUGCAUAUCUCACAUAAUGUGGAAUGCCUUGUGACUUGUUAUAACUGCUGCUCUGUCUAUUGUUUGACUUUGUUUGUACAUCCCCAUAGUAACAAAGUGGGCGACACUGGAAUCAUCAUGGAUGUCUAUCAGAACAUAAAAGGGUAAAAAUAAUGGCGUUCUUUUAUAUUCUACGACUACAAUAUUUUUUAAAACUUUUUAUCUCAUUUACAUUGAGCUGUCAAGACAAAUAAAGCAGUUUUUAUAUCGGGGAGGGAGUGAUCCACUUUCUCAACCAAUGUAUCUGUGAUAUUUUAUUCUACCACGGCACGUGACUUGUUUUCUAUAUACAAAGAAGGAAAACUACUGUUGGUUAUUACCCCGAUAUACCAACGGUUGUUUAAACGGCUACGCCCUCGUGGUUUAAUUCCUACGCAUCGGAACUCCAUACCAUUGGUUAUUACCGCAAUAACCAACGGUUACCCGUCGAUUAUUUCUUAAUCAAACUCCUUUCAGCGAUUUUUGAGAUCUUUUUUAAUAAUUUUUUAUACUAGGUUUUUGUUGGUAAUGUUUAUAAGGAUCUUUCAUGUAAUUAUAACAGAGUUAUGCAAAUUAUGCAACAGUGUUAAAAAAAAAGUCCACAGCCAAGGUGACAAAUGAUUUAUAUAGUCUUGUAUGGUCUAGGGCUCUCGUUUGGCCGUUUUAGGGGCCGAAAUUUGGCCCCAUUCCCCCCUUUAAAUAAAUAGUAUACUUUUCCCCCCUAUUUCAGCUAAAAAUUCCCCCCCCCCCCCCCAAAUAUAUUUUUUUUAUACCUAUGUUGCCAGCUGGUAUCAUGCUAUUAACCUUUGAUUAAAUGUAUGUUUAUGUAAAUUACAUUCAAAUAUAGCAAUUUUAAGUGUUGAAUGGUUGGUGAAAAGAUCUUCUUAAAUUCCCCUUUUCGCCCAAAACAACGCGAAAUUUCCCCCUCUAAGGGCCUCGGCCCCAAUCCGCCAAAGUGUAGCAAGGGCCCGGAAUGGUAAAUAACUUGAAAAAUAUCUGACCGAAAGGGUCAGGGUAUGAAUAUUUGGUCCUGUAACCAGAUUGUAUAAAUCAUGCCCCCCCGUGUAAAAAUUGACCACCUGCCAGGGGUGACAUGAUUUAUAUAGAAUAAGGUAAAUGAUUUUUAAAAUUACGGAAACAGGGUCAGGGGAUUAUUUUCUGGUGUAAAUUUGUUAAGUCUUCUUCUCAUUAGUUUGUUAAAGCAUGCAUCUUGAAUCAAAAUUGGCCAUGACGUAUUACAUUUUCUUUGAAUUUAGUGUAGAUGGUUUGUCUUUAAAAAGAUCCACCAUGUUAUUGCAUAAUAUGAUUUUUGUAGAAAACUUUUGCACCAAGUGCAGCCAUAGGACUUCCUGUUAUAAUAACUACACAAUGUAUUAUAUAUUAUGCUCUUGUGUACUUUGUUCCAAGUAUUUGCAUAACUGUUAAUUAAUGUUGAAGCUUCUAAAUAAAUUUUGAUUUUAGUGA